AGGUAGACUGUAGUGGCAGUAGUGUAACUGGUAGACACCAGUGGUAGACAUAUGUUAGGAUGGUGGAAGAGAUUGGUAGAGAGCUGGAAUAAUUACCGUUAUCGUUUUGUUCCAUGGAUCAUGGUUAAUAUGAAGAACAGGCACGUUAGAAAAGUUCUCGGAUCAUCCAAUGAUAAUGUCAUUCCUGAAACAGUAGUUCUCAGAACCUUUGAAAAGUAUUUUAACGAACUUGAAAAACAUGUCACGAACAAGACGAUCUCGUGUGAGAAAAUAAUGACGAAUGCGCUCGGCUUUUCAAUAACUCGUUCAUCAAGCAAAGUUUCAGGAACCGGAGUUGUUGUGUCAAAUGGCAGAGUUAAAAAAGGAAGUCUUGUUUCUAUUUAUCCAGGGACCGUUUAUCAAUCCUAUGAACCAAUAUUCUUCCAGUCCCUAGCGAAUUCAUUUAUAUUCAGAUGCAUCGAUGGCAUACUCAUUGAUGGUAAAGAUACGGGUUUAUCCAGGAUAAUUUACAGAUCAUGUUGUCAAAGGGAUUUGGUUGGCGAGAAGUUUACAUGUGAUAUGUCUUGGCUUACACCUAAUCCUCACAACCUUUUAGCGAUUGGACAAUAUGUGAAUAAUGCCACACGUGAAUUCGCUGCGAACGUAUCCUACCAAGAAUUGAAUAUACCAAGCAGUUUUCCCCUGCAGUAUUUGAAAUAUAUUCCGAACGUAAACUACAAUUUCAGAACAUACAAAUCUGAAGUAAUUCAUGUAAGAAUCGUUGUUUUAGUUGCUUUGAGAGAUAUAGAACAAGGUGAAGAGUUGUUUUCUUCAUACUUUACUGUUGUUUGCUAAAGAGAUAUGCAUUUAUACAUUACCAAUUGACGAUAAGUGAUACCUAAAAACAAAACAAUGUUACAUUUCCUGUUCAACCUUAUUCUCAGGAUCUUUCUCAGCUGAGAUUUAUUACAUGUGAAUGGUGAUCCUCUCAUAUUCUUUAAUUAAUUUUGUUCCGGGAGAUGGAAAAUUGACAUUA